AGUGGGCCAUAUGGCCGGCCCAGUUCUGGAUCCUUUUACUCUGUUAGAGUUUGAUCUCAGGCCAGGAUUGGGAAGGUGUUGGGUUUUAAGCGGCGCUGGGGAGGGUUAGACGCUGGGAGAGUCUGGGGUGCGGAACAGUUAUCGACCGGGACUGGGCGAGCGGCGAGGAACCGAACCGGAGGGCCUGCAUGCGCUGACAUGUUCUGCAAGACGAGCCCAGGGUCCACGUCCCCGUCCAGGAGGCAGAAUAAGGAGAAGGAGAUCAGGGAGACCAAAAUCACGAUCAACUGCGUCACCUUCCCUGUGCCCAUGUCUACGCCGGAGCAGCAGCUUCUCAAGCCCAAUGAAUGGAGCUACUGCGACUAUUUCUGGGCCGAUAAGAGGGACCCUCAGGGGGCCACGGUGUCGGGGUUCGAGGUUCUGCUGCAGAAACAGCUGAAAGGAAAGCAGAUGCAGAAAGAGAUGGCUGAGUUCAUCAGAGAAAGGAUAAAAAUCGAAGAGGAAUAUGCCAAGAACCUUUCCAAACUCUCCAUGUUCCCAAUGGCAGCACAAGAGGAAGGGACUCUUGGAGAGGCUUGGGCUCAAGUCAAGAAGAGUCUAGCUGAUGAAGCCGAGGUCCAUCUCAAGUUCUCCUCAAAGCUCCAGAGUGAAGUCGAGAAGCCUUUCCUGACCUUCAGAGGGGACAACUUUAAAAAAGACAUGAAGAAAUACGACCACCACAUCGCUGACCUGAGGAAGCAGCUGGUCAGCCGUUAUGCUGCAGUGGAGAAGGCGCGGAAGGCUCUCGCAGACAGACAGAAGGAUCUUGAGGUGAAAACGCAGCAGCUUGAGAUCAAAUUGAGCAACAAAACAGAGGAGGAUAUUAAAAAAGCCCGACGGAAAUCCACACAAGCAGGUGAUGAUCUGAUGCGCUGUGUGGACCUUUACAACCAGGCUCAGUCAAAGUGGUUUGAGGAGAUGGUCACCACAAGCCUGGAGUUGGAGAGGCUGGAGGUGGAGCGAAUAGAGAUGAUCCAGCAGCAUCUGCGUCAGUACACCACGCUGCGGCAUGAGACCGACAUGUUCAACCAAAGUACACUGGAGCCGGUGGACCAGCUCCUGCAGAGUGUGGAUCCAGCCAAAGACAGAGAGCUCUGGGUUAAGGAACACAAGACAGGAGAUAUGAGACCUGUGGACAUGGACAUCUAGACCGACCACACACACACAAACACAUUAUCUAUGAAUCUACCUGCAUGCCUGUUUACCUGAGUACUUCAACCUCUCAGCCAAAGCCAUACAGGUAUCACCCCUUGAAGCACUGCUUGUUUUGUGGAUUUCCACUGAAAAUAUCAGAUAAUUACAAAAUCAAAGCUUUAUAGAGGAUUUUCUUAAUGUCAUGUGGAAUGAGUAUGAGGAAAGGACAGCAGACGCAUUAUGAUAUUGAGUGAGUAGCCAUCCAUAUAUUCCUGCAUGUCCUUUGAAUAACUUUAAGUUGCUACUAAAGACUUCCCAGUAGGUCUAUUACAUGAACAUAAAAAAAAAAUAGUCAGGG